AUGUCCGACCCUCCUCAUGACAGCGGCUGGCCAGAGUGGCUGGCUUGGGAAAUGAAUAUCUCCAGCAGAUCUGCCCUUUGGCUUCUCGGCGGCGUCCUGGUCUUGUGGAUUAGCUCCGUGCUGACAUACGGCUGCUGCACCUCUCUACAGACGGGGAGUUUCUAUGAACCGAUCACCAUCAGCAGCAUUGCUUGGAACCGGAAGAAGGACUGGAGAAUGCUGGUCAAUUAUGCGAUGCUUUUGCCACUCCACUUUCUGCGGUCUAUGGAGACAGCUUCUGGGGACAAGAAUGUCUACUCCUCCACUGAGAAGGCAUUCCUUGCAACACAGCGCAGGGUCUUUAAUGAUGCCGUCAUUAACUUCUUGACUGUGCGUCGUAGCAUGAUGUUCGUCUCGGUGGUGUUUUGCGUGCUGGCCUUCUUCAUCGAAGCCGCCGACGUUCCUGCUGCCAUGAUGACAAGAAAGCAAUGGAUCCACAAAAGCCGGAUCGAAAUUGAUGGCAACGUGGUUCGCUUCCCUCAGUUUGUGCUGAUGACAAACAAGACGUGGAACACGAAAGACCCGGAGGCAUGGUUUGCUUAUAGCAAGCACCUGUACACCGGAAUGUUUGCCAAGAUCAUCAGCCAAACGGCAAUGAUGGACAUACUGCAGGCGGUGUUGGAAGUUGCAUGCCAGGGAAUAAGCUGCUACUUGCUCUGGUGGUCGCUGAGAAAGUGGUCACAUUUCAAUCGGUCACACCGAGGGGUGCUUACCGGCUGGGCGUUCAGCCUGGUUGCGCCCUUCUUGGCAACUGUGAUUCCUACACGCCUGUUUGUGGACUGGACAGUCCUGGACCCUGUGGUGCACACCUUUGCCUCCGAGUUGUCGCAGCACAUGGGCAACCACACCGAAGACUUGGCAUCCACCGUCAAUCAGGCUUGCUUGCAGCUGAUACAUAUGGAAGCGCAAGGGACGGUGGAGAACGCAGAGAGCUUCGCAAUGAAGACUUGCUCCACGCUGAAGAUGACCCCCAAUCGACACUUGAAGUGCUGCUCCUUCAUCAAGCUCGUGGACUUCGACUUCAGGCCGAUCCAUUCAACCUGUGACAAGGUUGAGGAUUACUUGAAGCAGCCAGAUCGGUUCCACAAGCAGGCGAUCGAGCAGAGCACCGAACUGUGCCGGACAACGGUGAUGCCAAACCUUAAAGGCACCAUUGAGCUCGGCUUCGAAAAUGCACUCCAAGUGGCAGCUUCCGCUGGGCCUAUUGCUCAAAGGAUGAAGCAAAGCGUGUCCAUGGGCAUGGGCCUCGUGAACGGGCUUCGUGGCUUCAACACCAUCAUGCCUGCUGCGCUGGCGCUCGCACCUGCACUCUUGCGAGGAGCACUGAAGGUGAAGGUGACUGCACCUCAGUCCACAAUUCCAGGAAUGUUUGUGGUCGUGUUACCACUACUGUACUGUCCGAUGACAUGGGGGAUGUACCACAUCUUCUUCCAGCUGCUUGGGGAUUUCUGGAUGCUAUUGGGCCUGCUCGUCAUGGCAUUCGGUCCGAUGGUGUACUUGGCUCUUGGGAGCUACUACACAAUUACGCGACCCCUCACAGAUAAGGCUGUUGCACAGGUCAUGGUCAGCAUGAAUCGGGCGUCAACGAUCCUGGCGAUUAUCGGGUAUGUGUUCAUCUGCACCUUUGCAUGGAAGCGCUACAAGCUGACGAUAGGUGAAGAGGAAUCCGAGGAUGAUGCCAGUGUGGAACGGGAUGCUUACAAGUACAUUGCAGAACAGGUUUCCGUGCUUCAACCGAGCUUUUGGAUCAAACUUGCGGGGGUGGCUAUGGCCAAGUAUUUCUUCACGACUUUGGCAGGAGUCGACUGGAUGAUGGUAGAGAUCGGGAAACAGCGACGGUAUGAGAUCCUGAUGGAGAUCUCUCAGAAAAUCAAAGCUCUGGAGACCAGUGGAACUGCCGUGCGCUACCCACAAGGUUUGAAGACUGAAGUGGAAAGGCAGGAAAACUUACAGGCUGCUGAGGAACGGUUGCUUCGGUUAGAUUGUGUUUUCUACAUUCUUUAUGACGAGGUGCCAGUACAUGUUGUCGAGGAAGAGGAUAUUAAUCCUCAUAUGCCAUCCAUGCGCAGACGCACGACAGUUCUCGCUCCCGCAGUCAGUCGGAUAUUUGAAGAAGUUGAAAUGCAGGACGUGGAGCAAAACAGCAAGAACGAUGAGACUACGUCGGGAGCAGGAGUGCCCACACCGCUUCCGUCCCAGAUCGAGUUCUCGGAAAGCCAGCCGCGAAUGCCCCAGCCACAAGACGUGGCAGAUGCUCGUGGCGAGCCUCCGCGGCCGAGCACCCUGGACAAUGCCUGGUCGUUUUUCUUCGGCUUGCGCGUUCCGAAUCAGUCACGCCCUCAAGCACGCAGUCUAGCAGCACCACGACCAGCACAGGGGUGGCCACCGCCGCCAACCUCCACUGUCCCCGGCUCCCAAAGUUGGAGACCGCAGACGCCAUUGGCUUCGGACUGGGCGCAGGGAGUCCAGUAUCAUCCGACACCACAUUUCGCAGCAAACAGUGUCUUGCCAGCACAGUGGCAGGCCUCACUCGGCCCUCCGAGUGGGUCUUGGUCCCGCCACACAGUGGCCCCAGGGCAGCACAUGCGCCCGCAGUUUUAG